AUGUCUUUAGGAAAUGCCAAAAUUGGGCAUCCUGCCUCCAACUUCAAAGCCACGGCUGUUAGGCCAGAUGGCCAGUUCAAAGACAGCCUAUCUGACUACAAAGGAAAAUACAUUGUGUUCUUCUUUCACCCUCUUGACCUCACCUUUGUGUGCCCCACGGAGAUCAUUGCUUUCAGUGACAGGGCAGAAGAAUUUAAGAAACUCAAUUGUCAAGUGAUUGGUGCUUCUGUGGAUUCUCAUUUCUGUCACCUGGCAUGGAUCAACACACCCAAGAAACAAGGAGGACUGGGACCCAUGAACAUUCCCUUGGUAUCAGACCCCAAGUGUACCAUUGCUCAGGAUUAUGGAGUCUUAAAGGCUGAUGAAGGCAUCUCAUUCAGGGGCCUCUUUAUUGUUGAUGAUAAAGGUAUCCUUAGGCAGAUCACGGUAAAUGACCUUCCUGUCGGCCGCUCUGUGGAUGAGACUCUGCGACUGGUUCAGGCCUUCCAGUUUACUGACAAGCAUGGGGAAGUGUGCCCAGCUGGCUGGAAGCCUGGCAGUGAUACCAUCAAGCCUGAUGUCCAGAAGAGCAAAGAAUAUUUCUCUAAGCAGAAGCGGGCGCCGGAUCAUUUUAGGGCUGGGCUGCAGUAG